AUGAAGAAGGCUUACGUAGAAGAAUUGCACAACCCGUUGCCGCGUGAAGAAGAUGAUCACGCCGCUUCGUCAGAAAUUGAUCUUGGUGGAAACAAGUCUUACAUGGUUGGAAUUUCUGAUCUAUAUCAAACAGUCAUUUACGAUGUUUUGUACGAUGAUGAGAUCCGAACUGUCUCACUGUAUGGGGCGGCUGGGGUCGGCAAGACUACUCUUGCCAAAGAAAUUUGUGAAGAUCCAUCAAUUUUCGAAUGCCGUGCGUUUGUCACGAUAGGCCCGAAAUAUCAAUUGAAGGAAAUACUGAAAUGUAUUCUAGCUCAAGUUGAUCCCGACUGUGAUAAAUUGCUCGUGGAGGAAGAUGAGGAGGUACUAUCGAAGUACGUGUACAGAAGUUUGAAUUGUUGGUUAUUGUACCUCAUUGUGUUGGAUGAUGUAUGGGACUUGCAGGUCUGGCAUGAGUUGAAACGGUCCUUUCCGGAUGAAGAAGAAGAAUCUGAAGGUCGAUUCUUGCUGACAACUAGGUCACGAGAGGUAGCCGAGUCUUGUUUCGCUGGUCGUGCUUUUGAAGUGCCCUUUCUGGAUAAAGCAGAAAGUUGGAAUCUUCUUCGUCAGAAGAUGUUUUCCUCUCCUCAGCUUGAGGAAGUCAGAAGAAAGAUUGCUGAGCUUGAGGAAGUCGGAAGAAAGAUUGCUGAGAAUUGCGAAGGCCUUCCUCUUCUAAUCGUCACUGUUGCUAAACUGCUGUCCAAAGCCGACAAGACCCUAGAGUACUGGACGAAAGUGGCAGAAAAGAAAGACUCAACUUUUUCGGAGGCAAAUGAACAGAUAUCAGAGGUACUAUUUCCAAGUUACGAGUACUUACCUCAACAUCUAAAAGCAUGUUUUCUCUAUAUGGGAGUUGUCACUCAAAAUUAUGAGAUCCCUCUUUCGAAGCUCAUCAAGUGGUGGAGCGCCGAAGGAUUUCUUGAACGGGUUCAGGGCAGGACUUCAGAAAGUAUUGCUCUAGAAUUUUUGCGUGAGCUUUUGUCCAAGAAUGUUUUCAUGGUCAUCCCCAAUGAGAGCUCGGACUCGGACGGUGGAAUAAAAAACUAUGGCCUCCAUUCUUCGUUUUGGUACCUGUCUAACAGAGAAGCUGGGAAGAACAAGUUUUUCUACAACUUGAAUACCCGUGUUGAUGGUUUAGCAGAAGGUAUAAAAGGCCAGCGUCGACUAUGCAUCCACAAUAACAUUUUGUUCGGCAUCAAAGAUGUGUACAAUUCAAUCGCGUCAACUUCAACGGUAUGUUCUCUCCUCUGUAUUGGUCCACAUCAUCCAUAUCCAGUACCAAUAUGUUUGGAGUAUUUGAGGUUGCUCAGGGUACUAGAUGCUCUUACGAUCCGUUUCUACGAGUUCCCAAUGGAAGUACUUAAUCUCGUUCAUCUAAAGUACCUUGCCAUUACAUUCAACGGACAUCUCCCUACUUUUAUAUCCAAACUUUGGAACCUUGAAUGCUUGGUUAUUCGCCGAAAUCGAAGCACCGUAAAAUCUCACGGGAAUUCUUCGUAUCUGCCUAUGGAGAUAUGGGAUUUGCGAAAAUUGGAGCAUCUUCAAAUCAUGGGAAGCAACCUACCGAAACCUCGUGAAGGAUCUUUCUUGCCAAACCUCUUAGCACUCUUAGAUGUGAGUGCUCAAAGUUGUACAGAAGAUGUUCUUGAAAGAAUCCCUAAUCUGCAGAAGUUAGGAAUUCGAAUUGAAUUGGCUCUUGAAAAUGUCGAUCAAAAACCAUUCUUCUGCUUCGAUCACAUCUCCCAUCUCCACGAACUGAACACACUUAAAUGUGUCGUUGUGAAUCCUCAAAUCACGUUGUCUGAGAUUGUUGCCCCAAUUUUUCCUCUUUCGAUUUUUCCAUCGAGUCUUGUGAAGUUAACUCUCAGCGGCUUAGGAUAUCCGUGGGAGGAAAUGAGCAGGAUCUCUUCACUGCCAAAUCUUAGAGUGCUCAAGUUGAAAUGCUACGCAUUUCGAGGCCCAAAGUGGGAAGUAGUUGGUCGCUUCGAAUUUGAAGCGCUUCGAAUUCUUCUGAUUGAAGACACUGAUCUGGUGCAAUGGACAGUCGCAGACGAUUACCACUUCCGACAUCUUAGUUGCCUGAGCAUAAAACACUGCUACAAGUUAGAAGAGAUCCCUGCGAAUUUUGGUUACCGUUUUCGAAAGAUUGAACUAGUUGACUGCAACCCUCUGCUUGUGACUCGUGUAGAGAAAUUCAGAGAGAACUGGUUUGAAUUAUACGAAAUCUAUUAUCGCUGCUUUCCAUUAGAUCUUCAUGUCUAA